AUGUCCUCUGUCAUAUUGGACAGUGAAGCUUCGUUCCGUGAGAGAUGCAGUAAAAUAGGCCUCAGCAACGAUCUUCUCGGUAAGUUGAUUGAAGCCGGCUACAACACAUUUGGAAAGCUCGCUUUCGCCGCUUCUUCCACACCGCAGGGUUUGACAGACGAAGCUGUCGAUUCAUGGCUAGCCACUGUGGUCACCCCGUCUCCUGGUUCCUUUCAGGUUUCGGUGAUCCGUAGGUUGCUUUUUGAAUCGCAAUCACUCAAUGUGGCGGAUCUCAAAUCUAGGGUCGAAGGCACGCCGGAAGGUUCCGUGCGUCGCCUGCCCCAGGCCGAGAGAAAGGAGCGCAUCGAGGCGCAGCAUCGUAGGCUGUCGGGUCUCAUUCUGACUUCGCAUACCACUCCUGCCCAUAGCUGUAUCGACCUUGUGACUGACAUGUACGAGAAUAACACACUCAAGUACAUUCCGAUUAACAGAUGGAUAUCCCGCUUCCAAGAAAUGUCUCUUCAGAAGAAGGAUUCUGCCGUUCAGAUGGACAACGAGGGCAACUUGAAGGUCGUCCAGAAAAAGCCGGAGCCGACGUGCGACACCACUGGCAUGUACCCUCUCCGGCAGGCCUUCCAGAGACGGUCGUUAGCAUUUGAUCUAGGUCACUUGUGCAGCUUUGAAGCAAUGGAAACAUGGAUCAACCAACUCUUCGAGGCAGUUCAGCGUACCGUGCCAAAGGGAUAUGUAGCAGUCAGCUUGGGACAAGUCGUUACGGCAGAUCGUGAGCUUUUUGUCCGGUUGGCUGACAAGCUUGAAGGACAAUUGCAGAAACCCAUAGGUGUGGAGAAACCCAUGGAUGCAGCUUUGCGUGACCUCUCGGGUAGCCAGGAGAUAAAUCAAUUUCUCCAGCCGCUGGCAGCUCCUCCUCCUGCACCACAUCCCACGAAGCGCCCUUUCAAGGAGCUUGCCACGCCUAACAAAGGCGACGGAAAGGGCAAGACAUCCACCAAGGGCGGCGAGAAGGGCGGUGGCAAGGCACCUCGUGUAACCAUUCCGGAUGGCUGUGUCCUCGCGCAGGCCAUUUUGGCCAGAGGGUCAGGGAUUACUAAGCAAGAUGUUGUUCAGAUUUUCGAUCUUUUGCCCAAGGAGGUUCCUUCUAGAGGAACCUCCUCGCAGCCUCCGAGCAGUUUCAGUUGUGGGGCCUACGCAAAGGGUGGAUUGCAGAGUCUUCGGAGUGAAUGUGCGCUGUUUCCAUUCUGCAUAAAGCUCCUCACUGCUUUUGUUCGCACUUUUUUGCCAGAGCAUUUCUUCACGGCUAUCAGUUUGUUUCACAACACCAAAACCGAUUUGCAUGUCGAUUCCAGGAACCAUCACACCCCCAACGGGGUCAUUGCCGUGACUUCUUUUCAAGGAGGUGGCAUCUGGAUUGCCGAUGGAUGCGGGCCUCACAAACGGACAAUCAAGGGUGACAUCGUGAAAGGCUCAAUCCUUAGCCUCGAGACCCCGAUCACUUUUGAUGCCUUCAAAUACCCUCACGAGACGGAAAGCUGGGUUGGCGAUAGAUUGGUUUGCGUGGCCUUCACUGAGCAGCCACCUGUGAAAUCAGACUCCUGGGUUUACGAGCUCUUCGCUGGCACUGCCCGCUUCAGCAAGGCUUGCAAGGAUUUGGGCCUACCGUCACUGAGUGCAGCGUCUCAGCAGAGCCUUGCCGUGCGCAAGGCCAAUGUACUGUAUCGCUUCGUUUACAAGCUUCUGCUACACUGUUCUGCUUCAGGCAUCAAUGUCAGUGUCGAGAAUCCCCGGACUUCGCUUUUCUGGAAGGUUCUUCAGUGCUUUGCCGAGGCCGAGGGCUUGCUCUGGCCUCCGGCCGCCUUGGAGUACGUUGAUUUCGACCAGUGUUGUCAUGGUUCCGAUCGCCCGAAGUCCACUCGUUUCUUGUGCACUCGAGGCUUGUUCCACUCGCUUCGAGCUACUUGUCCAGGCACUCACGAGCAUCGCCCGUGGGGCCUUGUGUUCCAUGAGCGUUCUAUGCAGUUGUCGUCUUCUUCCGUGUCGGCAUACCCCGUUCUGCUUUGCAAACGCAUGGCCUCCUGUCUGGAGAGCGCGGCUUUGUUCCUGGGUCUGUCUUUGCAGGCCUCUCGUGACCUGGCAGCCAGCUCUGUUGCUGUUCUUGGUCGGCAGCACCGCCGAUUUCCCCCCUUGAUUCCUGAGUUUCGCAAGGUCACUUGGGAGCCGCCCUCUUUCCAGCCUGACGACUCUUGUCGCAUCCUUCUCUCUCAGAUUGCUGGGGAGGAUAGCGGGAGAGAGAAUGCAGCCGAGGACGCCGACAAGGAGGUGAACCCUCCUACAAAGCUCCCCAGAGUCGCAGAUAAGGUGUCCAGCAAGGAUCAGCUUGAUGCCAUCAGCUUCUGCAUGAAAAACACAGAGAAGGAGGUGGCCGACGAGGCUCGAUUGCAUUCUUCUUUCGACCCUUGGUUCGAGAAAGUUGUGGCGGGAAAGCGUCUUCUUCUGUGGAAACACCUUCUUGAGCAGAACAAUUUCGAUGACAUGCAAGUCUGCGAUUUCAUGAUGUCGGGCGUCCCGAUUGUUGGGCAGUCAGCCUGCCCUCAGCCUUUCAGCAGAAAGAUUGUGCCGGCUACCAUGACGGAGCAGGAUCUCAAGGGUACCGCUUCGUUUCGCCGAAAGGUCAUGACUGGAUCCAGUGGCAUGCAGGCAGCCGAUCUGCAAGACUUGCUGUCGAAGGCUACGUUGGACGAAGUCGAUCUGGGCUUCCUGGAAGGCCCAUACACCGAGAGCCAAGUGUCUGCUUUCUUCCACUCUGACGAUUGGAACUGCAUACGAAGAUUCCUGAUCCUUCAAGGAGCCGAGAACAAACCUAGACCCAUAGAUGACGGGCAUGAGGCUUUGAUCAACAAUUGCUUCACAGCCACCAUAAGAUUGGAGCUCCAGAACUCUGACUUUGUGGCGGCUCUAGCGGCAAGGAUUGCCAUCGAAGAGGCUGAGAGAUCUCGCGCUACAGGCGAGCCCCCAAGGUCGUGGCUGGGCAAGUGCCUCGAUUUAUCGAAGGCGUACAAGCAGAUGCCAAUGAAGAAGGAGCACCGCUCUCUCGCUGUGAUCUACCACAAGGGCCCUGCAGGCGAGGAUCAAUUCUUCAUUGCAAAUUCGCUGCUCUUCGGACUCACUGCUUCGGUUUACGGGUUCGUGCGCACGAGCAGAAGCCUUCACAAACUGCUGCUUAAGAUUUUCAAGUUGCCCAGCUCAGUGUACUUUGAUGACUUUCCGAUGUUUUCGACAUCGCUUUCUUCCAGUGACACUGACGGCAUCAUCAGCGAAUUCUUGGACAUUUUGGGCUGGGGCCAUGCCAAGACAGGCAGCAAAUCACACCCCUUUGCGGAAGUUUUCUCCGUUUUGGGAAUGCAGGUCGACUUGAGCAACUUGUCGAAGAGAAGCAUCGUCCUAUCGAACAAACCUGGCAGGAUCGAUAGGAUCGUGGAGAAGCUUGAAUCCGUGGCUGCUUCGGGUUUCCUUACGAUUCAUCAGGCUCAGAUUCUGCUGGGCUUGCUCAACUUCUCAUCGGGUUUCUUUGCCGGUCGUGCCCUCAAGCAAUCUUGCAAAUGGCUAUCUGGUUUUCUGGCUGGAGACAGGCCUUCGCCAAAGACCGUCAGCGAGAUGUGCAGGCACACGGUCAAGAUUCUUUUGAGCACGCCGCCCCGCUUCAUAAGCUGCGAUUCGACUGGAGAGCCUCCUAUCCUGAUAUGGACUGAUGGAGCUUGGGAGCCUGCCAAGGCCUUCGCCGGGAUCGGCGCAGUAAUUCUUGAUGCGAGCAGCGGCGUAUCUAGAGUUUUCCAAGGUCAGGUUCCAGAGCGCCUUGUGGUUCGCUGGCGUGAGGAGGUCGGGGAGCAAAUCAUCUGCGAGGUAGAGCUUUAUGCUCUCCUGAUGAUCAGGGCCGGCCUUCAGAAUUUUCUUUCAGGAAGACGAAUCAUUUUCUUCAUUGACAACGAUGCCGCUAGAUCUGUGGUGCUGCGCGGUCAAAGCAGAAGCGACGCGAUGCAUCGCUUGGCCAUGGCUUUGUCCAUGGUCGAUGCCGUCGCCCCUUGCAUAUCGUGGAUAGAGAGAGUGCCAUCAUCUUCUAACAUCGCGGAUUGGCCCUCCAGGGGCGAAGGUUGGAAAGCGCAGAAGGUCGUUCGCGCAGCGAAGGUGGAGCUUUACUUCAUCGAUCAAUCUUUGAUUGAUGCUUACCUGCUCUGA